AUGAAGCAAUCUUCAUCUUCAUCGUCCUCACGGCCGUCCUCCGCCGUGCUCCCCUACCAAACGCCUCGGCUGAGGGACCAUUACAACCUCGGCCGAAAACUAGGGCAGGGCCAAUUUGGCACCACUUACCACUGCGUGGAAAAAGCCACCGGCAUCGAGUACGCCUGCAAAUCGAUCCCCAAGCGCAAGCUUCUCUGCCGGGAGGACUACGACGACGUAUGGAGGGAGAUUCAGAUAAUGCACCACCUGUCCGAGAAUCCGAACGUCGUCAGGAUCAAGGGGACGUACGAGGACAGCGUCUUCGUGCACCUGGUUAUGGAGCUUUGCGCCGGAGGGGAGCUUUUCGAUCGGAUUGUGCAGAAGGGACAUUACAGCGAGAGGAAAGCCGCGCAGCUUAUGAAGACGAUUGUGGGUGUGGUCGAGGCGUGUCAUUCUCUUGGGGUGAUGCAUAGGGAUCUGAAGCCAGAGAAUUUUCUGUUCGAUUCGGCUGAUGAGGAUGCGAAGCUUAAGGCGACGGAUUUCGGUUUGUCUGUUUUUUAUAAGCCAGGUCAUUAUCUUUCGGACGUAGUUGGAAGUCCUUACUAUGUUGCACCAGAAGUGUUGCACAAAUACUAUGGACCUGAAAUUGAUGUAUGGAGUGCUGGUGUUAUACUCUACAUACUGUUAAGUGGGGUUCCCCCUUUCUGGGCAGAAACGGAUAAUGGUAUCUUCAAACAAAUUUUGAAAGGGAAGAUCGAUUUUGAAUCCGACCCGUGGCCCCAAAUUUCAGACAGCGCAAAGGAUCUCGUAAGGAAGAUGCUCGACAGAAACCCCAGGCAGCGCAUCACUGCACAUCAAGUUCUAUGCCAUCCUUGGAUUGUGGAUGACACGGUUGCACCAGACGAACCCUUGGGAUCGGCAGUAUUGUGUCGGCUGAAGCAGUUUUCUGCCAUGAACAAACUCAAGAAGAUGGCUCUACGUGUUAUAGCAGAAAGACUUUCAGAAGAAGAAAUUGGUGGAUUGAGACAAUUAUUCAAAAUGAUAGAUACAGACAACAGUGGAACAAUAACAUUCGAGGAACUCAAACAAGGUUUGAAAAGAGUAGGCUCUGAACUAAUGGAAUCCGAGAUCAAAGCGCUAAUGAGUGCGGCUGACACUGACAACAGUGGGACUAUAGAGUACGGUGAGUUUUUAGCAGCAACCUUACAUAUGAAUAAGAUGGAAAGGGAAGAAAAUCUACUUGCUGCAUUUUCCUUCUUCGACAAAGAUGGUAGUGGUUAUAUUACUAUCGAUGAGCUUCAACAGGCUUGCAAAGAUUUUGGCCUUGGAGAAGUUAAGCUAGACGAAAUUAUAAAAGAAAUAGACAUAGACAAUGAUGGACGUAUAGAUUAUGGAGAAUUCGCAACGAUGAUGAGAAAAGGUAGCCCAGGGGUUGGUUCAAGAACAAUGAGAGGCAAUUUGAAUUUUAACUUGGCAGAUGCCCUGCAGGGCAAAACCAGUGAGGAAUAGUAUUUUGGAGACACAUUAAUUCAUUUAUUUUCCUCCUUUUUCUUUUCUUUUCCCCCAUGUAAUUUUUGUAAUAGACUAAUCAUUGUCCCUUUUGUAAUUACAUUGUUCAACUUUAUAU